AACCAUAAUUUACAUUAGCUUUAAAGAAAGUAUUAAUUCGCAAAAAAUAUUGGAUAUUCUUACUUCAAAGCAGGUUGAAAAUCAUUGUGUGAAAACUGAAAACUUAUGUUAUGUAGUUAAUUUUGAUUGUUAGUGGCGUGAUCAACUAACAAGCACUAAUUUUAUCAGUAUGUCACUUUCUAGUCCCCACUGAACAACCGCAUGACGAACAAACUUAUUUAAUUAUUUGUGGUUUACUGGAAGAACACUGUUAAUUUUUAUAUUUCAUCGUAGAAUAAUUUAAUUUUAUGUUAUGCUAGUAACAGUGCUUCAUUAUGUUUUAGAUUUUUACACGAUGGGUGCAUAAAUGUCUUGAAUUAUGUUCACUGGAGCAAAGAUGAGAUUGUUAAAAUGGAGAGGGAAAAAGAACCAUGUUUGGAAACCAGAAAUUCCCCAGCCAUUUAUGGAAAGAAACAAAAUCAUUUUAGAAACACAAAGAAUCUUGAGCUUUCUUGAGUCGUUGAAAGAAGAAUACACGAAAAUAUUAGAUCAACUACUUGAACAGAUACGAGCGCUUAGUGAAAGUGGUGAAGAAAAAAAUUCUCUCAUCGAAGAAAAAGUUGAAUUUUUAAGAAAAGAUUUAAAAAUCAUUGAAAGAGGAUUAGAUGACGCACAAAUAUUCCUUACUUUAAACAACAUUGUUGAAAACAUUGAAUCUGAAGUAAAGGAAUCUGAGAAGGCAAUACAAUCUCUAAAAGAUGAUAUCCGAAAUCUCAAAUCUGAGAACAAUUCUUUGAGGAAUGAUUUAUCGAUUGCCCAAAGGAAACUAGUUGAGUCUGAAGAACAAGAAGCUGUGCUUGAGGUUGAAAGAGACCAUCAAGUGUUCCUAAAUUCCUUAGAGUCCGAACUGAGCAGUUCUCCUGAAGAAUCCGAGGAUGAGGAAUCUUUAGAUUUAAGUUUCAUUGAUGAUAAUGAAAUGGAUGAAGUUUCGGUUUUCUUUUUGACAGGACUGUUUCCAAACUUGCCAUAUAUAGCAGAAAUCGAUCUGUCUCUUAAUCCACGAUUAAAAAUAUUUUAUAAUCUUGUUAUGGGAUACAUCAUCAAAGGCUCAUAUGAAAUUGCUGCUCCGUUGUGCAAAACGACUUUGCAAGAUUUACGUGAAAAGUGUAGCGCAGACCACCCUGAUGUUAUAGCAAUGAUGGAUAUUAUUACAAUGGUAUACAGAGGAAUGCGACAUUAUAAAGAUGCAGCCAGCAUACAAGAAGAAAUUCUAGAAGUCAAAAGAAAAUCGAUGAAAGAAGAUAAUAUUAGUAUAGCAUUUACAUUAAAUAAUUUAGCGGCUCUGUAUGGAAAGAUUGGCAAAAUCGAAGAAGCCGAAAAAUUUUGCCGAAGUGCCAUUGAUUGUCGAAAAAAAAUUUUAGGGACAGAUCAUCCUGAUGUUGCCAAACAACUCUGUAAUUUAGCAGCUAUUUGCAGUCACACGAAAAAGUUCAUGGAAGCUUUAAAGUGCUAUAGGGAAGCUCUUGAAAUAUUUUCAAAAACAUUAGAUCCAAAUAAUUUCUACAUAAUCAAAACCAAAAGCAAUAUCGCAUCAUUACUUUUGGAAACUGAAAACUAUCAUGAAGCUGAAAGCCUAUAUAAAGAAAUACUGAAAUGUGCGAACAUGAAAACACCUGAGAAGCAAGAAAAUGAUCGGAGUUUAUAUAGAAUAGGGCAUAAUUCAGAAAUAGUGUUGCAUAUGGUUGAUGUAAGGGUGUGUGAGUAUGCGGCUUGUCAAUUUUAA